UCAUUUUGCAUUUUACCUAGGUGCAUGUAGUCAAUGCCCAGUAAGCAGCCAGAUAGGCGUCUGAAUGUAGUGUUCUACGCAUGUGAUGAUUUAAUGACAAUUUUUUUAUAUAUAAUAGAUAAUUAUUAAUUUGGUGAUUGUUUAUGAUUAUAUGAUUGUGUUUUGCAUAUUUUCUUUGUAACAAUUAGUUUAUUUCUCAAAACGAAAUGUUUACAAAUACUUACAAAUACUACAUUUGACUUGUGUAAGACUUAAUUUGUGCAACGGGCUUCUAUAAAUUAUUGCCUAUAUAUCGGUUCCUUAAGAGUUCAUGAUGCCGACGGACUCUGAAUGCGAGUGUGACUUAGUGACUAAGGAGUGGCUGCUAGCAAAGUUGCGAUCGGACGAGAGAGACACUAUCCUGAUUGAUUGCCGUGGAUCUAAUGAGUAUGCAGUGUCGCAUAUACGAUCAGCAGUAAAUUUCUCGAUACCUAGUAUAAUGUUAAGGAGAUUAGCUGCUGGAAAGAUAGAGUUGGCUUCGACCGUUCAGUGCAAGGAAUUAAAGGCGCGAAUUACACAUUGUUGUUCGAGAGGAACUUUUGUGCUGUACAGUGAUGGAGCAACUCGGGAACCUGACUCGGUCCAUGGCAUCUUGCUGAAGCGACUUAAACAAGAUGGAGUGCAAGUUGUGUGCCUAGAAGGUGACUUCGCGGAGUUCCAUCGGACAUAUCCCGAGUGGUGCAGCGAAGCGGGCGGUCAGCAUCUACCUCACUUGCCACUCAUGGGACUGCGGUCGCUGCGCAUCUCGGGUGCGGGAUGCGACGAGGCGCUGUCUUCGGGAUCGUCUUCGGAGUGCGAAGAAACGCACGUGCCGCAAGACUUCCCCGUCGAGAUCCUGCCCAACCUAUUCCUCGGAAAUUCCGCCAACAGCGAGGAUUGCGAGGCGCUCGCCCGCCACAACAUUAAGUACGUGCUCAACGUGACCCCCGACCUGCCGAACACGUUCGAGCAGGGAUGCGGCAUCAGCUACCUCAAGAUCCCCAUCGCCGACCACUGGAGCCAAAAUCUCUCUGUGCACUUCCCGCAGGCCAUUCACUUCAUCGAAGAGGCGAUGUCGGCCGGAUGUGGCGUGCUGGUGCACUGCGUGGCCGGCGUGUCCCGCUCCGUGACCGUGACGCUGGCCUACCUCAUGCAGCGGCACCGGCUGUCGCUGCGGGACGCCUUCGAGCUGGUGCGCUCGCGAAAGACGGACAUCGCGCCCAACUUCCACUUCAUGCGGCAACUGCACUCGCUGGAGCGGGACCUGGGCCUGCACGAGCGCUCCGCCCCUCUGAGUAAGGUGCUGGAGGAGACGGGCGCGCGUGAGCCCGCCGAGCGCUGCGGCUGCGUCGGCGCCGUCGGCGUCUCGCCCGACUCCGGCAUCGAGUUCGACCGCUGGAGCGCCGCCCGCGACACUCCGCGCUGACCGUUCGCCCCCCGCUCCCCGCGCUCCCCGAGGGACGCCUGUCCUCCGUGAGGACGCCUCGUCGCUUUUGUAUUUAGCCAAAGUCACUAGGUGACACCGUCUGUUGCGCGGGAAGACCCGAAGACGUUUGCCAAUUUUCAUGUAAUCGUGCAACUCACGAAGCAAGGUUUUGUGUUUCUGUAAUUUCUCUGAAGAGCCAAACCCGCAGCCAACGCAACAAAAAUAAACAAAAGUAAUUUUAAAAAUAUUCUAUUUUGUGUAAUUUUAUUGAAUUGCAGCGCAUCCAUCGCAUCCGUCUUCCGUCCGGGCGAUGACGAGUUCCGAUGCAUUGAAAAGAUAUAUUUAUGUUUAACGGAGUGCUUCUAACGGUUCUUCCACUGUUGUGCAUGUUCCUCGAGCGACGGCCGCCGCUUAAAGGCCGCCGUUCGGUUCCGCCCUGUCUGUACUUCAUCGGUUCGUCUCAUUAUUUUAUUCGAGAGUAUAUUGACGAAGAAAGAUCGAAAGUUUAUUUUUUUACUCGUGUUCCUCUAUUCGAUGGUGGGAAAUGCCACACCCAUCGACUGUAUUCUAGACAAUUCUAGGUUUCGCUAGUGAACGUGUAUUUUUGUAUUCCGACGACUGCGUUUCCCGUUUAAUAUAUUUUUGUAUUACAAAGUUAUACGUUAUACGAGUCGGUUCGUCUGUUACGAGUGUAAGUAAGACAAGCUUUAACGUUAAGUAUCUUAAUAAAGUAGUAAAUUGUUACAAAUUGUAAAUUUGUUAUAGUUUAAGGAAUAUUAUUGAGAUUCAGCUUCCCAUACUUUCCUCUCGAACGUCCGCGCGGACUAGAUUUCAUGAUUGUUAUUAGCGGAGGAGGAAGAAGCGGAGAGCGGACGUUCGAGCGUCCGGGCGACGCGAUCUAUCGGAGCUCAGUUGCACGUUGUUAUUGAAUUAUAUAAAUUAGUGCACAAAGUCGCUCAGACCCGGCGUAGCUCGUGACGUCACAGGUGACGAUAUUCUUGUACCCGUGUAUGAAUAUGAAAUGUACAAUUUAAAAAUAUAUGUAUAGUACGUUGA